AUGUGUCGUUCGUAUUCAGAUGACUUCAAGAAGUCUUCUUCCUCGCCACCACCACUGACUCAUCAACAAUAUAUUAAUCCACCACCACCACCGCUAUACACCACCACGUCACCAUAUACACUUGAAGGUUCGGUUGGUUUUAUCGAAGCGAUGUCGGUCGACUUGCUUCCUUCGGCCGUUCUUCAACAACUAGCCGCCAUUGUGGCGGAUCAGGCAUCUCGUAUGGGUGCUGGUGUUGGUACUGUUCCUGCUAGUGCUGUUUCUGCUGCUUCGAGCGAUGAAACACCAGCACUACCAUCAUCACAAUAA